UGCCGUGAGUUUAGUCAGCUGUCAGAUUGUGUUGUCGCCUGAACAUUGUGUGUUUUCUGACCGUGUUCACGUUUUUAAGAGUUUUUAAUCAAGGCCUCGUUUGUGAAAAUGCCCAAAGGAGGAAAGCGAGGGAGCCACAAGGGCCGCAUGAGAACUUACACCAGCCCCGAGGAGAUAGAUGCUCAGAUGAAAGCGGAAAAGGAGAGGAAGGAGCAAGAGGGGGUGGAGGGUGCAGCUCCGACUGACGUGGCAGAGGAGAAGUUACCAGGAUCAGGAUCAGAGGACAGCGAUGAUGACGACUCCCUGAGAAAGAGAACAGGUACGGAGGGCCUCAUAGAAAUCGACAACCCCAACAGAAUUUCACAGAAGUCCAAGAAGGUCUCACAAAUCGAGCUGGAUGAGCCGCCGCAGUUAUCAAGGAGAGAAAGAGAAGAGAUCGAGAAGCAGAGGGCGAAGGAGCGCUACAUGAAGCUGCACUUGGCCGGGAAGACGGACCAGGCCAAAGCCGACCUCGCUCGCCUCGCCAUUAUCAGAAAGCAGAGAGAAGAUGCUGCCAAAAAGAAGGACGAUGAGAAGAAGGCAAAAGUAGCAGCGUCAGCGGCAACCAGAGGAAUGAACUCCCUCACGCUGAAAUGAUGCAGAGUAUUUAUCUGAGGCGUCUUCACAUGUUUCUGGACUGGUGCAAUAUAUAUAUAUAUAUAAGACUAUUUUUUAAAUGAAGAGCUAUGAAGAAUAUUUGACUUUACUGUAACAUGACCAUUUGAAAAAUGGUUGUGGAGACACCAGAGGGGUUGUGAAUGUUUUGGCAUGGAAUAAUGGCCUUGUUGAUCCCUCCAGCAAAUACAGCUACUAAUAAGAUUACAUCAGUUUUCACGUACACUUGGAAUGAAUCCCUUCUAACCAUUUAGCUUGUACAUGAUAUUUAUAGUUAUACUUAUCACUGUACAAUUUCAACUUUGCUAACUGAGCUUUACCACUAUAUUUUGGGGGAUGUUACAUUGUAUAUAACGGACUCAUGAAAAUAUUUCAG